GAACCGGCUGACAAAAAACUUGAAUAUCACUACUGGUUAUGGAAGUCGCUACUCGACAACCAGUCUUGGUGUCCCGCGCCUCCCUUCGCCCUAAAGUAUUAGAUUACUUAUUUUCUGUAUUGUGUAUCCACAAUGUGUGCUUUAGAAUGGCGGAAAAAAUAAAUUACUGAUUACCAUAAAGCAAAAUAAACAGAUUCACGCCCUUUCCAUUCAUUACCCAGUGUCUGACUCCAGGCACCACCGCGAAUCUUGAAUCUAAUCUGCCAAUCUCCGCGCUGCGUCUCAUUCCACAGUGCAGCCGAGUGGAUUUCUUGGUUAGGUUCUGCAUAAGAGUGUAUCUUAGCUUAGGCGAUGUCGUAUCCAAAACAAGUUUAUGUUCCUGUAGUUAAUCCGAUUCCUGUUCAACAAACUAAAGAUGAAGAAAUUCUCACCGCUAUACGAAUGUGUAAUUUGGAUCGAUGCAGAGAGAUGAUAUUGUCUGACAAUGAAAUUCUUCACAAAAAAGGAUGGAACAAUCUAACGCCUCUUCAUCAGGCUUGUUUGUCUGGGGAACCUUCAAUCGUGGGACUUUUUCUGCAACAUGGUGCAAAUCCAAAUGCAAGAAAUUCAUUUGAAGAAACCCCGCUGCAUUAUGCAUGUCGAAGAGGAAUAGUGUCAGUUGCACAUUUGAUGAUUAAGAAUGGGGGAGAUCCAUCUCAUGUUGACAAGCGUGGUCGAAACUGUAUGCAUUUUGCUGCGAAUGGUGGUAGCGUUGUGAUGCUUCAUUAUCUGCGAGCUCAUACUGAUUUAAACUAUGACACACCUGAUGAUACUGGGAAAAAUAUUUUGCAUAUUAGCUGUGAGUUGAGACAUUUCGCAACCAUCGAUUAUCUCAUGAGACACAAUAGAGUCGACCCAGGAUUGAAAGAUCUCAGAGGAGUGACUGCGCUUCAUAUCGCAGCCGAAAAAGGUGAUGGUGAAUUAGCCUGGAUCAUCUUGCGCACUGGAGGAUGUCAACUUUUAAAUAUUAAAAAUCAAAAAGGCGAAACACCAUGUGAUAUUGCUAAGCAUGGUGGAACCGAAACACACAAGAGAUUAUUUAAAACACUCCUUUCAUACUCAGGCUCAGAAAAGAUACCACGAGGCCCUAUAUACACUUGGUAUUUUUUAUGUAUUUUACCUUUUUCAUACUUAGCUAUAGUUUUCCUGCUUUCAAUGUAUAUGAAUAGUUAUAGUGGACACUUUGCAUUUCUUCUGUGUCUUAUUCUGGUUUAUAACGUUGUUAAACAAGGUCAUCGAAUGAAUCAUAUCAGUCGAUGGCCAAAUCCUAUAUUUAUGGGGGCAUUUGUUGGUGGAAUAUUACACUGUGCUAUAGCUGAGUUUGGCCACUUACAUCGUGCUUUGUGGCCGUGUCCUACAAUAAUAAUAAUAGUAACUCCUUUGGCAGCUUUGUGCAUUUAUUUAUUAUGGUUCUUGAUUUUUCUUGACCCUGGUAAAAACAAAACACCCAAACUUGAUCCUUCUACUGGAAGGCCGAUGUCGGUUUUAGAUAUUGCGGAAGGCCGAGCUUCUGACUCAGAAUUUUGUGUUUUCUCUGAAAUUAUACAUGGACAAAAAACAAAAUAUUGCAAAUUAUGUCAAGCACCGAUGUUAGAUAUGGAUCACCAUUGCUUGUUUUUAAACAAUUGUGUGGCUAGAAAAAAUCAUAAACAUUUCAUUGUAUUAUUGAUUGUUGUCAUGGUUACGCAAACCAUGUUUGUAAUAUGUUCAUGCUUAUAUGCUAGCAUGUACUCUGAGGGCAAUUUUAAUUCAGGACUUGGCGACCCAAUUACACCAUACAUAUUCUACUUAUAUAAGCAUGAUGCCUGGAUUUUUUGUUUGUCAAUAUUGUGCAUGACAUCUUGGUUGUGGGAGUUAACUCUUGUCUACGCCCAGCUUUCUGUUAUAGCAAGAGGUAGUACAACUUACUUUUCUAUGAAACGUCACAAUCACACUGUUCUCACAAGAAAGCAAAUGUUUUUUAAUAUUGUACAGUUUUUUCUACGAGACACUGAAGUUAAAAAUGUAAGACAUAUUGAUAAACAAAGUGUUUCUUUGUCUCAUGUUUAGAAAAGAGAAAAAGAAUGUUUGACCGGGAAAUGAGAUAAUUCAGGCAAUGCUAUUGUGUGAUGUGACGAUCACCUAUUUAAAUGUUUAGUGUAUGAUUCGAAUUUAUUGAUUUAUGCAUUCCACGGUUAUUAUUUUGAAUUCGAUAAAAAAAAAUUUGUGGUUCACUGUAUUUUAAAUUGCUCUUGCCUUUAAAUUGCCUUUUUAUCAUUCUGAAAACAUGAAAAUAUCACCUUGAACACUAAGCGCUCCAAGUGAGAGGAUGGGAGCGAAAGCAUUGCUUUUUUGCCUUGUUUACAAUAUUUCUUUAUUAUCUGACAUCAGCUUUUUUUGGGGGGGGUGUGUGUGACUCCAAUCUAUUUUAAAUGAAUUUUAGUAAAAUAACUUUUCUCAUUAGAAUGGUAAAUGUUGCAUGCUAAAAUUUAUUGAAUGCAUAUAUUUAUAUAAUGUAUUUUGAUGCCACUAUGUAAUUAUCUUAAAAAUAUUUGUUCUGUUUAGCAAAUAGUUUAGAAUCUUGGAAAUAUUUCAUAUUAUUCAGACAUUAUAUUUUGUACUCCUGUAUUUUUUAAUUUGAUUUUCAUUGUUAUGGGAAACUGUUAUCCCAAUAUGAUUCAAAUUUCUCCA